AUGGAGUCGACCUCGUCUUCGAGGCUCCAGCAGUUCACAGGCGGGGCGAUAAAUAUUCCUUCGGCUAUCUCAUUUCACUCCUCGCCGCCUAUACACGCCACGAAUAUCUCCCAGGAACAGCGCCAUAACCUCUCUACUACCUCGUCUCUGCCGUCUCCAAGGUCUGUCGACUUGAUCAGCACACCCUCUUUCACGAUGCCGUACCCAACGAACGAGGUGACCGUCACCUACCAGGACCGUGUAGCCAUCAUCACCUUGAACCGGCCAUCGAAGCUCAAUGCCCUGACGGCCGUACACUACUAUCUCCUCGGCCAAAAGAUGCGGGAAGUUGCCGCUCGAGAUGACAUUUAUAUCACAGUCCUGACAGGGAACGGCCGUUUCUUCUCGGCGGGCGCGGACGUCGUACGAAGCUUUUCUGAAGAAAGUGAUAACAUAGAUGGACGCCGAGACGUCGUUCAAGGAUUCGUCGCCAAUAACAUCGAUCUUACACAUACCUUCUACACACAUCCAAAGAUCCUGGUUGUCGCACUUAACGGACCAGCCGUCGGCUUUUCCGCUGCCCUCACCGCGUUCGGAGACUUCAUCUAUGCCACUCCUCACUCCUAUAUUCUCACACCCUUUUCCUCCAUCGGGUUGGUCACGGAGGGAGCAUCCAGCCAUGCGUUCGUUAGACGGAUGGGGAUCGCGAAGGCCAAGGAGGCUCUUAUCAUGAGCAAACGUAUCUCGUCAAAGGAGCUCUUGCAGACCGGAUUCGUAAACAAGAUCUUCACCUCUCCAAGCGGCAAGGAAGACGACUCGGAUGGCUUCCUGAAGAUGGUUCUGCACGAAAUCGAUAUGACCCUGGGAACACACCUGAACCAGGACAGCUUGUUGAAGAUUAAGGCUUUAAUCGGCGCACCAGACCGAGAUGUUUUGGAUAGGCAAAAUGUCCGCGAGGUUUUCGGAGGCCUAGAGCGCUUUGAACUGGGCAUCCCACAGGCCGAGUUUAUGAAGAUUGCUUCCGGCCAGAAGAGACAUAAGCUAUAG